CCACAAUAAAUUGGACUAAUAGCUGGAGCAAGGGUCACCUUUUGCAACGACGCACUGGGAGGCAGAAAAAAUUCUGAAUGAAUAUUACUUUUUGAAGAAAGUGCAUUGAAAGAGAAUGAUUUCUUUAACAGACACACAGAGGAUCGGAGUGGGAUUGAUGGGAUUCGGUGUGUUUUUCCUCCUGUUUGGGAUCCUCUUGUAUUUUGACAGAGUGCUUCUCGGAUUCGGAAAUAUUCUCUUCAUUUCCGGCCUUCCCUUCAUCACCGGGCUGCAGAACACCUUCCGGUUCUUCUACCAGAGGCAGAAGCUGAAAGGAUCAAUUUUCUUUCUGGGUGGGAUCCUGCUGGUCCUGUUCAGGUGGCCUGGAAUCGGUAUGCUUUGUGAAAGCUAUGGACUCUACCUACUCUUCAAGAGUACACUGCCACUUGUGUCAGAAUUCUUCUCCAGCAUUCCAGCUCUUGGAUUAAUCUUUGCAGUACCUGGAUUCAGCACAAUAUUGAAGAGAUUUAGUGAGAGAGGCUCUGAAGUAUGAAGACAACACAAGGAAACAUUCCCAAAUAAGGAGUUAAAGAGAACUUUACCUGGUUAUAAAAACAGCUUCACUGCACAGUGUCUGGAUCUGGACUGCCAUUAUCUAUAAAAUGAACUUUGGUUCCAUACAAGUUUCAGGAAAAGCUGUGAAUUUCAAUAUGGUUUCACUCUCAUUUCCAUUUGUGCAAAUCUCCUCGCUCACUAAACUUUCUCAGUUUCUCGUUUAGCAACCAGAAUUUUAAAAUUGCCAUCCUUGUGUUCAAUCUUGCCCUGGCCUACAACUCUUCCAAUCAGCAAUCUCUUCCUGCUUUGGAAACCUCUGAGAUUCCUGAGUGCCUCCAGUUUUGGCACAACCUCAAAUUAGAAGGAAUUCCCUUUAGAACAGAGAGAAGGAAGGAUUUCUUUAGCCAGAGGGUGGGGUAUGUGUAGAAUAUAAUGCCACAUACAGGUGUGGAGGCCAAGUCAUUAAGUAUGGAGAUUGAUAGGUUCUUGAUUAGUAAGGGUGUCAGAGGUUAUAGGGAGAAUGGGGGUUGAGAGGGAAAAUAAAAUAGCCACAAUCAAAUAGCAGAACAGACUCAAUAAACUGAAUGGCCUAACUCUGCUCCGUGUCUCAUGAUCUCAUCACUCCACCUACUGAGUCUUUAGCAUUGGGUCCUAACCUCCGAAAUUCCGUCCAUAAAUCACUCCACCUGUUUGUCUUUUCCACUGCAGUAAAAUAGUCCUUAAAAUCAACCUUUAUUACUCACCAUUUGCUUACCUCUCCAGAUACUGCCUAAUAUUCAUUGUCUUCUUUCAUAAUCCCUAAAUGACGCAGCUCAUUCUUUUUACAAUGUUGACAAAGUAAUGUCAAAGCAAGUUGCCGUCAUUGUUGCUGAAUAAGUCACCGUAGGUCAGCGGACAAGAUGGGACUGUGGGGAAAAAGAAGUAUUGCUUUUAGAUGUUGAGUCCACAGGGAAUAAAACUGGAAUUGAAUACAAUGGGUGAUGAAAUCAAAAACAAUGGGAAGCACAAAAUGCCAUAAAUAAGAAUGCAGGUUUACACAGCAGCUCCUAUUUGAAGCGUCAUUGAGGAAUGCAAUGGGUUUUGUAGGCAUACAAUAGAUAAUGAAUCAGAAUUGUUCUGUUGCUUGUUGUGCUGUGUGUUGUUCUGCUGGGAAUUGCGGGCAUGCUGUGUUGGAGCCAGAAUAUGUGGCGACACUUGUAGGCUAUACCCAGCAUACCCUUGGGUUGGUUGAAAGCACAAGCGACACAUUUCGCCCUAUGUUUAACGCUAAUCGAGGUUUGGAUGAUUUAACUGCCAGGCAAGAGUGAAAAAGUCAGGGUACCGGGGCUGGAGGCAAGAGUUGGGCUGGCUCAGCUCACUGCUCUGCAAGGUUUACUCCUCUCUGCACUGAACUGAGACUGUGGCCUGCAACUGAUGGGCAACUGGAUCGGCUGCAGUGAUGUCUGGCUUUGUAGCUGGGGACUCACUUUCAUCAACUUCAAUUGCAUGCUUGUUUUUAUUGCUUCUACGAUUUGUUUUUUUUUCCUGCAUGUUGGAUGUUUGACAGUCUUUUUUUUAAUGAGUUCUAUUGGGUUUCUUCGUUUUGUGGCUUCCUGUAAGGAGAUGAAUCUCAGGCUUGUACGUACAUUACAUACUUUGAUAAUAAAUGUUCUGUGACUUUGAAGAGAUUCUGCAGAUGCCGGAAACCCAUAGCAACGCACACAAAAUGCUGAAGGAAUUCAGAAAGUCAGAUAAGCUGCUGCUCCUCCAGAAUUUUGUGUGUUUCAUUAUGCCAUAUAGUCAUAGAAUAUUAUCACACAGAAGCAGGCUCUUCAGCUCAUUUAGUCUGUGCUGAAGCAUUAAUCUGCUCAGUCCCAUGUGCACCUAGAUCAUAGCCGUCCAUACCCCUCUCAUCUGUGUACCUACCUAAACUUAUCUUAAAUGUUGAGCCUGCAUCCACAACUUGGACUAGCAGCUUGUUCCACACUCUCACCACCCUCUGAGUGAAGAGGAUCCCCUCAUGUUCCCCUUAAACAUUUCACCUUUCACCCUUAACCCAUGAUACCUAAAUGUAUUCUCACCCAACCUCAGUGUAAAAAGCCUGCUUGCAUUGACCCUAUAUAUAUCUCUCUCAUAAUUUUGUAUACCUCUGUCAAAUCUCCCCUCAAUCUUGUACAUUCUAGGAAAUAAUGUCUUAACCUAUUCAACCUUUUCUUAUAACUCAACUCCUCAUGUCCAGCAACAACUUUUUUCUCUACACUCUUUCAACCUACUUAUAUCUUUCCUGUAGGUAGCUGACCAAAACUGCACACAAUACUCUAAGUUAGGCCUCACAGUUGUCUUAUACAACUUCAGCAGAACGUCCCAUCUUCUGUACUCAGUACUUUCAUUUAUGAAGGCCAGUGCACUAAAAGCUUUCUUUACAACCCUAUCUACCUGUGCCACUACUUUCAGUGAAUUAUGUACCUGUAUUACCAGAUCCCCUUGUUCUACUCCACUCUUCAGUGCCCUACCGUUCACUGUUUAGGACCUAUCCUGGUUGGUCCUACCAAAGUCCCAUGCUUCAUACUUGUCUACCUUAAAUUCCAUCUGCCAUUUUUUAGCCCAUUUUUCCAGCUAAACCAGAUCCCACUGCAAGCUCUGAUAGUCUUCCUUGCUGUGAACUACACCCAUAAUCUUGGUGUCCUCCACAAAUUUGCUGAUCCAGUUAACCACAUUAUCAUCCGGAUCAUUGAUAUAGAUGACAAACAACGGACUGAGCACCAAUCCCUGUGGCACUCCAUUAGUCACAGCCUCCUGUCAGAGAGACAACCAUCUACUACCACUCUCUGGCUUCUCUCACAAAGCCAAUGUCUAAUCCAAUUUAUUACCUCAUCUCGAAUGCCAAGUGACUGAACAUUCUUGACCAAUCUCCCAUGCAGGACCUUGUCAAAGGCCUUACUGAAGUCCAUGUAAAUACCGUCUGCAGCCUUACCUUCAUCAACUUUCCUGGUAACCUCCUCAACAAACUCUAUAAGAUUGGUUAGAUAUCACUUGCACAUACAAAGCCAUGUGACUAUCCCUGAUCAGUGUUUGUCUAUCCAAAUAUCCCUCAGCAAACCUUCAGUAACUUUCUAUUACUGAUGAAAGGCUCACUUGACCAAUAAUUUCCUGUCUUAUUCUUAGUCUUUCUUAAACAAAGCAACAACAUUAGUCAUCUUCCAAUCAUCUGGCACCUCACCUGUAGCUAAGGAUGUUUUAAAUAUCUCUGCUAGGGCUCCCACAGGGACCAAGGGAACAUCUUGCCAGACCCUAAGGACUUACCUAUCCUAAUUUGCCUCAAGACAACAAAUAUCCCUUACUCUGUAAUCGGUAUAGGGUCCAUGACCUUGUUACUACUUUGCCUCACUUCUAUUGACUUUAUGUUCCAAGUAAAUACAGACGCAAAUAUCCAUUUAUGAUCCUUCCAAUCUAUUUCAGCCCCACGCAUUGAUUACCACACUUAUCUUCCAGAGGACCAAUUUCAUCCCUUGCUAUCCUUUUGCUCUUAAUAUGUCCAGAGAAGAUCUUAAGAUUCACCUUGUCUGGUAGCACAACCUCGUACCUUCUUUUAGCCCGCCUACUUUCCUUUUUAAUUGUUCUCUUGCAUUUCUUAUACUCUUCAAGUACCUCAUUUGUCUCUGCUUGCCUAUACCUGCUAUGCACCUCUUUCUUUUUCUUAAUCAGGGCCUUGAUAUCUCUAGAAAACCAAGAUUCACCAAACCUGCUAUCCUUGCCUUUUAUUCUGAAAGGGACAUACAAAUUGUAUCGUCUCAAAAUUUCACCUUUGAAGACCUCCCACUUACCAAGUACGCCUUUGCCAGAAAACAACCUGUCCCAAUCCACACUUGCCAGAUUCUCUCUGACUCCAUCAAAAUUAACAAUUCUCCAAUUUAGAUUCUCAACCUAAAACCUAUCUUUUUCCAUAACUACCUCAAAACCAAUGGCAUUAUGAUCUCUCGAUGUAAAGUGUUUCUCUACACAAACUUUUGUAUCCUACCCUAUUUUAUUCCUUAAUAGGAGAUCUAGUAUUGCAAUCUCUCUAGUUGGGACUUCUACAUACUGAUUAAGGAAACUUUUCUGAACACAUUUGUCACACUUUCCCAUCUAGUCCUUUUACAGUAUUGGAGUCCCAGCCAAUAUCUGGAAAGUUCCAAUCACCUGCUAUCACAACCUUAUGUUUCUUACAACAAUCUGCAAUUUCUACAAGUUUGCUCCUCUUAAUUCCCUGGACUGUUGGGUGGUCUACAAUCUAAUCCCAUUAACAUGACCAUACCUUGCUUAUUCCUCAGUUCCACCCAUAAAGCCACACUAGACAAGCUCUCCAGUCUGUCCUGUCUGAACACUGCCGUGACAUUUUCCUUGACUGGUAAUGCCACCCGUCCCCCUUUAAUCCCUCCUAUUCUAUCACAUCAAUGGGCAUUGAGCUGCCAGUCAUAACUCCUCGUGCUGUCCGUGCCCAAAGCUCACUCACCUUUCCUACAACUGCAUUGAAAUAUAUGCAACUCAGAACAUUAGUCCCACCAUGCUCAUCUUUGUGAUUUCUGAUUUUGUACGUAGGCUUAACAACCUCUUUCUCCACAACCACUCCACUCCACUGUCUGUUCUGGCACUCUGGUCCCCAUUCCUCUACUAAUCUAGUUUAACCCCAUCCCCAAACAGAACUAGCAAAUCUUCCCACUGGGAUAUCAGACCGUCCCUCCCCAUUCAGGUGCAAACCAGCCCUUUGCACAGGUCCCACCUUCCCUAUAACAGAGCCCAAUGAUCCAGAAAUCUGAAGCCCACCCUCCUGUACCAUCUCCUUAGCCAUGUGUAAACUUGUUGACCUUCCUAUUUCUGGCCUCACUUGCACGUGGCACUGGUAGUAAUGCUGACAUCACAACCCUGGAGUUUCGGUCCUUUACCUUAGCACCUAACUCCCUAAAGUCACUUAGCAGGAGCUCGUCACUCCUGUUAUCCAUGUCAUAGGAACUGACGUGGACCACAGCCUCUGGCUGCUCACCUGCCCACUUAAGAAUGCUUUUAAACUAUCUUUAAUUUAAUCCCGUUUUUCCUCCCAGAUUCUACCAUUACUAGGGGCAAUUUACAUUGGCCAAUUAGCCUACCAACCUAGAUGUUUUUUGGGAUGAGGGACAAAAUCAGAGCACUGGGAGGGAACCAUCGCGGUCACAGGAAAAGCACACUGCGCAAAUUCCACACAGACUGCAUCCUAGGUCAGGACUGAACCCAGAUCUUUGGUACUGUAAAGCAGCAACUCUAUUUCCUAUUUCUAAAUUUGAAGUGCUGUGGUAAUGUUCUUUCUUGGGCUCAUUUCAGAGCGUGUAACACUAAUAUCUAAGCAAUGGGUCACUGUUGGGUUUAAUGAUACGUUUGGACAGAGCUCCAGCUACACUUGCAAUCGGACAUGAAAGUUUACAUGUACAAACUUGAAGAAGAGCAGGAAAAUAUUUAUUUUCACAUAUCUGAAAAAGUAGUUUAGUAACUGUGUGUAAUUUAGCUGCUGAAUUGCCCGCCUCACUGCAGUGGAAUCUAAAAUCCGUGAAGUCAUAUUGAAUCCUAUUUCCACCCCCUGGAUAUAUUCAAUGACAGAGGACUUACAAUGCACUGGGGCUGAGAUAUUCACAGACUGAGUGAAUAAAAUUCUCAUCUUGGUGAUAAGUGUAAUUGUCUGAUGUGAAAUGUGGCCUGUUCUAGAUGUUUCACCCCUCGCUUCUCUACUUUCCUCCAAGAGACCGCACCCUCGUUGUAGGGUUUGGAGGCUUGCGUGCCUUCAUGACCCAGAGAACUAUGUUGGCUGGAGUAAGGGCUUUAUGCUUUAGUUCUUGGUAGGGUCACCUAUGCCAAACAGGUCAAAGGCAUUAUGGGUAGCUAAGUGUCCCCUUUAGGAAUUUGGUUUCCUUUGUAAGAUCAACCUUCAGCUGGCUGAACUCCAGAGAAUAUAGGGAGUUCAUCUCCUGACUUUCAUCUCAUAAAUUAAUCUCCUAAUUCUGGAUAUCUUGCUGCCCUGCUUCUCGCUUGUGUCGGUAAAACAGCCAACAUAAACAGAGAGCCCACCCACUCUGGACAUUCUUUCUCCUUUGCCCCUCCCAAAUGGGAAGCAGAUACAAAAGCUUGAAAGCAUAUAGCACUAAGCCCAAGGAAAGCUUCCAUCUUGCUGUCAUAAAACUAUUGAAUGGUCCCCUAGUAUGAUGAGAUAGACUCUUGACCUCACAAUCUACCUCAUUAUCACCUUGCACCUCCUUGUCUAUUUGCACUGCACUUUCUCUAUAACACUUUACUAUGCAUUCUGUCACAAACAAGAGAAAAUCUGCAGAUGCUAGAUAUGCAAGCGAGACAUACAAAAUGCUGUGAGAUCCUUCGACAAAGCUCUCGGCCCGAAACUUUGACUGUACUUUUUUCCAUAGAUGCUGCCUGGCCUGUAGAGUUCCUCCCGCAUUUUGUGUGUGUUGCUUGGAGGUGACAACUACAAUUCGGAAGGUCAGGGACCAUGAUGGAUGGAGAGACAUGAUCGCCCACGCCGAACAGCAAGGCACCUGAAUGAAUGAUGCUCGGACCAUACAUUCUGUUAUUGCAUUUCCUUGUACUAUCAAUGAGGUGCAGUAGUGCGGCAGUUAGCGUAACGCUUUAUGGUGCCAGUGACCACAAUCAGCUUUCAAUUCCUGCCUUUGUUUCUUUGUUCUCCCCAUGACUCCUUGGGUUUCCUCUGGUGCUCCAGAUUCCUCCCACAUUCUAAAGGCGUACGGGUUAGGGUUAGUAAAAUUACAGCAUGCUAUCUUGGCAUUGGAAUCAUGGCAGCACUUGUGGUCUGACCUCAACAUAAUCCUUGGACUGUGUUGAUGCAAAAAUGAUAGAGUUCACUGUUUGUUUUAAUGUUUUGAUAUAAGACCAUAAGACCAUAAGACAUAGGAACAGAAUUAGGCCAUUUGGCCCAUUCAAUCUGCUCUGCCGUUCAAUCAUGGCUGAUCCUUUUUUCCUCUCCAAAGCCCCACUCCUGGCCUUCUCCCCGUAAAUUUGAUCCAUGUCCAAUCAAGAGCCAUAUACAUAUAACAAAUAAAGUGUGUCUUUAUCUUUAUCUCAGUACACUUUUGCAAUGAAAUUAUUUGUAUGGAUAGCAUGCAAAUACAAAGUUUUUUCUCCAUACCGCAAUAUACGUGACAAUAAUAAACCAACUUACCAAAUUCAUAUAGUUAGCCUGUGUUCUACUUCCACAGCACAGUAUAAUUUUUCUUAGAUAAGCAUCAAUAUCGAAACAUUAAAGGGAUAAGCUGAACCAGGGAGAGAAGUACUUUGUCCAUGUCGCCCUUUAUUCGCAGGCUGUUAAUGAAAUUCUGCUUUGAAUGGGAAUGUCGAUGCAACACCAUCUGAAUCUCAAAGCUUUCAGGCAAGGUUUUAUUAUUAGGGCAGUUCCUGAAAGGGAUGACGUCCGAUAU